UGCAUAGAUUGUUUGUGCUACAGUUUCCAGGUGGAAUACCUUUAGAUCAGCGGAUCGCGAGCAAAUGUUAUUCCAGUUAUACAUUUCCAGCCAGAGUUGCAUUUUUCCGUAAUUGUUUGCAACACUUAUCGGUACUUUGCUUGUGAAUACGAGCAUUUUAAUCAGUGCUCGUCUCACGGUUCCAACAUCGCUCCAGGCCAAAAGACAUGGUGUGUUCGUUAUUCAUGCUGAGACCAAGAGUUGGAAUUACAGUUUAUAUCGGACUAGGCACACAAAAACCGAGAAGAAAUAUGGAUAUUGUAACGGAUAGUGCCUCUCGUUCCUGGGAAAUUACUCUACGCAGCACGGAACAUCAAAGUUUUGACUUGUUCCGUUAUAAUAUGGAGGAAUGCCAGCCAGGAAAAAAGUGUACAGAAGAGAUUCCUGUUCAGGACACGUUCGACUACGACAUCAUUGUGCUAGAGGAACCGGAAGAAAAGCGAAAUAGCUUGAAAGCUUUAGAGGAGAAGCUUAUCCAUUUGGACGAGUUGGGCGGUGCGAAAAGCGUCACCGCAUGCCUAGUCUCGUCGCUAAACAAAUGCCGACUUGCGAUGAUAAAAAAUAAGCAUAAAGUUGCUGAACUGUUGUUUGAGAAAUCACCGGAGAACGUUGUAAAGCAUCUUAAACCGAUUUUGCUUGACUACGGAGCUGAGCCAACUAUGGAACUGGUAAUUCUUACCCAAAGUGAAGGCGACUUCGAGCCGUUAUCCACAAUGAUAGCGACAAGGGCGUUUUGCGUGCAAAUGGUACCGGUAUUUACGAAACAGAUUUUAAGCGGUCUACGCAUGAUACAUGAAAACGGUAUCGUACACAAGGAUAUCCGGUGUUCGAAUAUCCUUGUGGAGAGACGUCAAACAGACGCAACUACACCAUUCACACUGAAAAUCGCUCACUUCGAAAAAGCGGCAUAUCUUAAUACAGAAUCCUGCUUCGGAGAUUAUCCUAUAACGUCUCCCGAAGGCUCGUCUCAGUUUGCUUCACCGGAAAUGCAGCAGUUGAUCUUCGGUUCAGACAAUUCGACAAGUCCAGUGGGCACAGCGACGGAUAUUUUCAGCCUCGGAUGCACCGUCGUUGAAAUGGUACAGCGCAGUCCGCCGCGUUGGAUUUACGAAAAACAUGGCACGAUUAUGGAGUAUAACUUCAAGACAGAACGCACUUUAACGGAAUUCGUUGUUAAUCUGGGUAUGUUGCUGCGUUGGAAAGCAUCACCUGAUGCACGCAUUCUGCGAAAUUUUCCCAGUGCGUCCGCAUUCGUAUCGGCAUGUCUGGCUCGCUUACCGGAGGGCAGACCAACAAGCCAGGAGCUGGAAACUCGCCCAUUUAUUAUGGGGUUGCAGAUGUAAUUUUCCUUAGCUUCUGCUCGGCUUCAGCAUGCCGCAUCUCGAAAAGAAACCGUAAUAUAUAUUUGGUCAUUUUAUGACAUACGUCUAUACCACUAUUUUUCACUAUUUUAGUCAGAUAUUUUUGACAUUUUUGCCAUAAUUUAAUUCGUCGCUUAUUUUGCGAAUGUACGUAAUAUGUAACUGCUUUGAACUGAACUGCAUGGACAUCUCCAGUUUAGCGCACAUUUACGCGAUGUUUUGCUUUAUAAUCAGUAAUCACUGUAUCCUGUUAGCGGACGAUUAUUGCACCUUACUAUCAUUAAA